AUGAACACAAUUAGGUCGACCUGGAUAGGCUGGGGAGCACUAUGCGUGGCUGGAGGCGGCGCAUAUUACUUUGCCAAACAGUCGAUUAAUGCCGAUAGACAGUCUAGAUUUGAGGAGGAAGUGAAGAAGAAGAACAGACUGGCUAGGUUGGAGGCAUCAGGAUAUGCUGCGGAUGCAAAUUCAGUUCCCAAGAAAGGAAGAAAACCAGGCAAGGUCGAGGAGGGCAGCGGAGCGUACAAUGUUCGAGGACUCGAUCACGCAGGCAGCCCGAGUAGUGAGAUCAGCGAAGACGCCGCUCCUGUCGGGCAUGCACCUGUCGGCGACGACCAAAGGAUGAGAGAACGAAGCAAGUAUGAGGCUGCAGAACCUUACAGAAGCAAGAAAGGCGAUCGAUUCAGCUGA